AUGGCUCUAUUCGGCCUCAUCAUUUUGGCUACGCUCAUAAAAGGCCACAUGACACUAUCUCUUGCCGACUGUGGAUCUCAAUACAGGCGCCCAGAGUACACUGACAUCGCAGUGUCUUGCGGGACCGAGUCUAUUAGUUUGGCCAUCCAGGUUUGCCCGGUCAUUUACACAGGAUAUAAUGAGAGCUUGUUGAUUUUGAACCAAAUGGGAAACGACCCGCUGUGUCGAGGAACCCUGGACGCGACUGCCAGUCCUCCAGUGGUGCGCUACAGUUUCCCCGUCAGGCAAGCGGACGCUUGUGGCAGCGUCUUCCUGACCACCAGCGCUCCAGGCACCGGCCUAUUCUCGGACUUCUCUAAUAUCCAGACGGUUAACGUCAGCGGGGUGGUCCGAUCUUUCGACCCCACAUUGGGAACCGUGACUUACAAUGCUGAGCUGAAAUAUUUUUACUCGUGUGCAUAUCCACUCGAAUACCUGAUCAACAAUACACAAGUUGAUGUGUCGUCGUCCUCCAUUGCAGUAAAGGAUAACAACGGUAGCUUCAUUAGCACUUUGAGCAUGCGGCUCUUCAGAGAUGUGAACUACACUACUCCGCUGGUUAUGUCAUCUCCGGGUGUUGAGCUCAGAACUAGAAUCUAUGUGCAAGUUAUUGCAUCGAACUUGACCUCACAGUCAGUAACAUAUACAGAUUACAGGUGCUCGAGGGAUCAGCUGACCACCAUGCUGGAGAACGGUGACAGCCAGAGAGCACGCUUCAGCUUCCCGGCCUUCCGUUUUAUUGAGCAGCAGAACCAGACCAUCUCCACCUAUUACCUCCACUGCAUCACCAGACUGUGUGAACGCGCCACCUGCACCCAGUUUAAGCAAUGCAGGAGGAGACGAGACACACAAACCACGACAAUAAAAGAUGGAGUUUCAGAUACCACCCUCAUCACAUCAGGACCUAUUAGGACUCUAGCAGAAACACCUCUUACCACGAAUGGAGCCCAGGCCAGUACUCAAAAGGAAAAUGGAAAUGGCGCCUCGGUAGGACUGGGUGUCGCUCUGGCUGUUUUGGUCAUUGUGGGCACUGUUGCGGCCCUCAUGGCUGUGUCAUUUUAUCGCAAACUCAAGAUGCUACGCUAACUGCCAAGAGUCCCAGAGCUCUUUUAUGUAGUAUAAAACAGUGCUGGUGGAGGUGGGAACACAUGCUAUUGCAAUGUCUGACUUUCAGGAUCAAACGUUUUUCAAAGAACAGGAUGGAAAGGUUAAAUCUGCUUUAUUUAAGGAAAAAAUAGCAGUUGAGUACUAUGCUGUAGUUAUGGAUUAAAGAAAGUAUAUUGGGUUGAUAGAGAAUGUUAUACUGAAUGAAUGCUUUUAUUUACGUUUAAAAAUAUACUGAUGUACUUCAUAUUUUAUAUAGUGGGUCAACAGAGCUACAUUUUAAUAAAACACAUGUAGUCUGAAGGGUUUUGGUAAGAAUUUGAGAUGUAAAAUCUCAAGAGGAAAUUUAAACAAGGGCAUUUUUUGAAGUGGCGAGUGACCUGUUUUAAGUUUUCUGAAAGUAGUGAUCUCAGGGUUUUAGGAUUGACAGUUUUAAAAAGUGAAUAAGAGGAAAUCCUUUCUUUGCUUCGUAAAGUUAUUGUAAGUGCUGCAUGAAGAGCCCUGCUUUAGUUAGUAAACUUGUAUCUAUUAAUAUGGAGGGAAAGUGCAAUUUUGCAAUGGGGAUUGUAGGCAUGCUUUUGGAUGCUUCAGCAAAUGUAACAUUCAAGAAUAAAAUCUGGUAUUUGAACCUGUGGAACCUGUUUGCUUCCGGAUAUAUUUUUUUCCUGAAAUUUUCAUUUGGUCAUUUUCUCCUUCUGUUUCAUGCAAAGUCGUAAAUUAGGCUUGUAGGAUUGUGGUGU